GGUGGCUGGAGCCAUGUCCGGCCGCAAAGGUGGCAGGAAGAAGCCCCUGAUGCAGCCCAAGAAACAGGCCAAGGAGAUGGAUGAGGAAGACAAGGCUUUCAAGCAGAAACAAAAAGAGGAGCAGAAGAAAUUCGAGGAACUGAAAGUGAAGGCCGUAGGGAAGGGGCCCAUGGCCACAGGUGGAAUUAAGAAAUCUGGCAAGGUGGGGUGCGGUGACUCACACCUGUAAUCCCAGC